ACUUGCCCGCCAAGCCAAGCCAUGUCUCAUCCUUCCAAGAAUCUAUUCUUCUCCUCCUCCUCCUCCUCUCAUGGCUCCUGAGUCCUGACUAUAUAUACAUCUCCACGGCAAAAGGCGACCGGCAUCACUCGCCAUCACCAUCACCGCAAGCAUUCGUUCAUCGGGUUUGUUGUUUGGGAGAUCGAGAAGGAGGUGCCGGCAGCAGCCAUGGACAGGGCCAUCAACCGCACCUACGAGGAGUACACCCCCGUCGUCGAGUGGAGCCACUCCGCCGACGCCAGCUUCGUCAAGAUCACCGUCCCAGGGUUCAAGAGGGAGGAGAUCCGGGUGCUGGUGGACAACCACGGGCACCUGCGCACGCGCGGCGAGCGGCCGGUGGAGGGCGGCAGGUGGAGCCGCUUCCAGAAGGACCUGCAGCUCCCCUCCGACUGCAACGUCGACGGCAUCCGCGCCAAGUUCGAGAACGAGGCGCUCACCAUCACGCUCCCCAAGAAGCACCCUUCGCCCCCGCAGCAGGCCGUGCCCGUGCCGCCGGUGAUGCCGGCGCCGGCGCCGGCGACGCCCAAGCCCGAGCCCAGGAGGCCCUACGUGGCGCCGUCCCAGAAGCCGCCGGCGGCGUUCCCCGAGCCCGCGAGGCCGGCCGCCACGGCGCCGCCCCCUGUCGUUCCUUCUCAGAAGCCCUUCGCUGACCGCAGGCCCUCGCUGCCCCGGAAGUCGGCGGACAUUCCCGCGCCGGCAAGGCCGGCACCUCCCGUGCCCGCACCGGCGCCGGAGGAGGAGACCCUGAACAAGCACAACGGAGCCGCGAGGCCCGAGCUGCCCGCCUUCCCGAAGCCGACCGGGGAGUGGGUGAGGGAGGAGGCCAAGAAGCCGCAAGAGGAGGCCAUGGCGAGGAAGCCGCAGGAGGCGGCCGAGGAGGAGGAGAAGCGGAGGAUGGAGAGGGAGGCGAGAGGGAAGAUGGAGGAGGACAGGAAGAUGGCGGAGGAGAGGGAGACGGAGAGGAUGAUGGACAUGGCGCGGCGGAGGAGGCCCGCGCCCGCCAACCGCGGGCUGCUGGUGAACGUGGCGGUGGCGGCGCUGGUGCUCGUCGGGAUCACGGUGUACGUGUGGCGCAACCUGAGCGCCGCUGCCUCCGGCGGCGGGGACGCCGGAGCCGGGAGCUACGGCGACGAGAUGUGAACUGUGAUCGAUCGACAUCGAGCAUGCAGCAGCUGGUGCGAAGCAUUUGAGGCGUGAGACGAGACGGCUGGGUGAAAGUUCAUGCGUGUGGGCAGGUGGUGGUCAAUGGAGACAUGGUUUGUUACAGAUUACAGAGACAUGGUUGCUCGAUCAAACUUGAUGAAAUAAAAUGUUAUGCA